GAUUUUCUCUCUCUUUCCCUGUCCCCCGCUUUUGCUCUCCUGCCCUUUAAUAAAAUCCUCUCUCCAAAAAUAUCAUAACACAAAUCGUUCUCGCAGUCUCUCUUGACGCAAUUUGCGUUCUGGGGAUCCCUCUCUCUCUAACAUAUUCCUUGCAGUGUUGAUCCGCUCACUUUCUCUCUCCCAAUACACAUACCUCUCCAGAAGUCACUCUGUAUUCUUGUGCUCUCUCUCUCUCUCUCUCUCGUUCAUGGCUGCAUAUUACCAUAUCUUGUUGUAGAAGGACAGGUGGGUUGAUUUGAAUUGGCUUGGAACGGGUCAUAGAGAGAGGAGUGAGUUUAAGCAUGGUUGUGCUCAAAGCGGGGAGCAGGCCACCAUGGGUAGGGCUUGGAGCUGCUGUUUGGGUGGAGAUUGCAGCUGGAAAUGCAUUCACUUUCCCUCUCUACUCUCACUCUCUCAAAUCUGUUCUUGGGUACAAUCAGCAGCAGUUAACGCUGCUUGGAGUUGCUAAUGAUAUCGGUGAGAAUGCUGGGAUUAUUCCUGGUAUGGCUUUAAACAAAUUUCCACCAUGGUCUGUUUUGAUGACAGGGACUAUUGCUUGCUUUUUGGGUUAUGGAGUUUUGUGGCUUGCAGUGUCCCAGACCGUCCCUUCUUUGCCUUAUUGGCUGUUAUGGCUUGCAUCAUGCAUCGCCACUAAUAGCAGUGCCUGGUUUGGCACAAGUGCGCUUGUGACUAACAUGAGGAACUUCCCCUUAAGCAGGGGUGCAGUGGCUGGCAUCCUGAAGGGCUAUGUGGGACUUAGUGCUGCUGUCUAUACGGAAAUUUAUUCAGGAGUUCUUAAUAAUUCCUCUGAAAAGCUCUUAUUGGUUCUCACUCUGGGAAUUCCUGCUCUAUGCAUUCUUGUAAUGUAUUUUGUUAGGCCUUGUACACCUGCAGCAGGAGAUGACUCAUCCGAGCAUGGCCAUUUCCUAUUCACCCAGAUUGCCAGUGUUCUAUUAGGCAUUUAUCUUCUCACUACAACAAUAAUAAAUGAUGUUCUUAAUGUAAACGCGACCAUUUCCAAGGUUUUUCUUGGUGUAAUGGUUCUCUUACUACUUGCACCAUUGGCUGUACCCCUGAAAAUGACAUUAUACCCCAAUAAAGUCAAAAGGUCUAGUGGCAUUCUCUCUCCUGCUCAAGAGCCUUUUAUCAGUGGGAGCAAUACUGGACAGAGAGAGACUUCGGUGGCAGAAGAGUCCACAAGUGGUAACGACUUGGAGGAAUCAGAGCCAACACUUCAUGUUUCUCUGUCAACUAGGAACAUUUUGGAUGAUGAAGAAAUUGUUGAUGUUAAUAUACUUUUGGCUGAAGGAGAAGGAGCUGUCAAGAAGAAGAAAAGACCCAAAAGAGGGGAAGAUUUUAAAUUUCAUGAAGCUUUGAUCAAGGCUGACUUUUGGCUUCUCUUUGUCGUCUAUUUUCUUGGGUCUGGCUCUGGUAUCACAGUUCUUAACAACCUGGCGCAAAUUGGGAUUGCAGCAGGUGUAGAGGACACCACAAUCCUUUUAUCACUCUUUAGCUUCUGCAAUUUCAUCGGCCGUCUCGGUGGAGGCAUGGUUUCUGAACAUUUUGUUAAGUCCAAAAUGACUCCUCGUCCCUUGUGGAUGACACUUACACAGAUAAUCAUGGCAUUCUCCUACCUCAUGUACGCUUCCGCCCUUCCAGGCACUCUAUAUGCUGCAACAGCAUUGUUAGGCAUAUGUUAUGGGGUCCAAUUCUCUAUCAUGGUGCCCACCUCUUCUGAGCUUUUUGGAUUGAAGCAUUUUGGUGUGAUAUAUGCUUUCAUGUGCUUGGGCAAUCCUCUCGGUGCCCUUAUUUUCUCGGGAGGUCUUGCAGGGUAUGUGUAUGACAAGGAAGCGGCAAAGCAGAUUGGAGGUUUCCUUCUUGGUUCAAGUAGUAGCUCUUGCUUGGGUCCAAACUGCUUCAGGCUAACUUUCUUUGUUCUAUCAGGGGUUUGCUUUUUGGGUUCUUUCUUAAGUGUCAUUUUGACAUUAAGACUGAGGCCCGUUUACCAGAUGCUGUAUUCUGGAGGUUCAUUUCGAAUACCUAGAAACUCAGACCGUUGAUAUGGAGGGGUUUUGGUCGACUGCAUUUCACAUAUUUGGUUGAGCUAUAUAUUAUGUCUUGCAGAAGUUACAUGGGGUUCUUGUCAGUUGGUUUAUGAACAGUAAUGUUAGAGUGCUGCUUCCCUUGUUCUUCCCUUAUUGGAGAGUCUAUGAUUAUAAUCGUUUUGGUUUAUGGGCAGUAAUUUAGAGUAGAAUGCAGAUUUUGGUUUCAACCCUUUACCAACUGAUGCCUUUGAGAAUGGAGAUAUUUUGAGGGUAGCAAUGUGCCUUCCAGUACUGGCUGAGAGGGCUACAUUUUUUAUUUAGAGUCCCACGGGAAUUUGAUAAGUAAAUGUCAUGGUAUAGAGCUAUAGAUACUGUCAGCUUUGAGGAUUUCAUACUUCUGCUCACAAUGUAAUUUCAGAGAUAAUCUAUUGAGAUAUGCUGUGAUCAAUAUUUGUUUGUGAAGUGGUACUUUGCAUGCCUUUC